AACGAAAUGAAAACUUUAACAUUAAUAGUCAGUAAUCAAUCGGUGUGAUCAGAGAGAUGUUUUCAACGUGUUACUUAGCUACUGGCAAGGAUCGCUUUCAUUGGCUAAUGCCAGUCAGUGGUAUAAAGGAGCAUCAAGUGCUUGGCCGGAAUCUUAGAACCAGGAUGUGUGAAGAUGAACAACAUCUCACCUGAAGCACAGUACUUGUCGUAUUUUCUUUGUGUUAUCGUUACAUGACAUCAUGAUCAAUUGCAGAUACUCGUCGUUUCAUGUUCCUGAUCCCUGUUUGCCAAAUAUCUUGUUACACGCCAGUUUUGCAGUACAUUGUGAUGAUAACCAUCUGACACUUAGUGUUACACCUGAACUGCUAGCACAAGCUAAACGGUUGUGGGAAUGUUCAGUGUCUUGCUGUGGGCUAUUAUGUGGACCGCUGAUGGAAGGCCUUCUGAAAGCAGUCAGCAAGAACAAAAGUUAAACAUGUCUAGAAAGAAGGUAGAAGGAAAUCUGACAAGUUUGGAAUGUGAAAACGUAUCCAAAGUUCUACAAAGUAACGCGGAAUGGGCAACAGAGGGAACCUUUCACAUUAAUCUAAGUCAUCCAUUUUUAGACAUCAACCAAGGAUUAGUUCCCGGAGUCGUUUACGACGUCUGGUUGAUGACGCUUAAAAACGUGGAACGCCCUCUAUUGGUAACAUCGUAUCCGAGAGGAAAUUUCACAGCUUACCCCUCAUCAGCUGUGCUUUGUGUACAGACAGAGGAGCCAUUAACUUCGACUGUGUUACUAACUCCCAAACCAGAAUUGUUUCUGAAGUGGCUUAUUCCAACUGGUACAGUGGAGGACACGUUAGUUCUCAAAGCCUUUCAUCAAGAUAGCGACGGACAGUGGACAUUUGCACAAAUCAAGCAAUCUCGCAGGAUUGACUGCUUCUAUCGUAUCCCGGUGCAAAAACAAAUCUUAACAUCUGACGAUCUAAGAUCUCGGAGUGAUAACUGCAGUGAAAUCAAAGUGUUUGUUGACAGAUAUCCCUCAACUAGAAAUUACUUGAAGCUUUUAGAUUUAAACGCUCUAACAACUAAGAAUUGGCUUUUUCUCACGGUUGACAACGAGAAAUCGCCUGGAUAUGCUGUUACCGCCAUCAAGCGUCAAGAAAGAGAACCUUCUUUUAUUGCGGUUGGGCGAUUCUUCCUUUUGACAGUGCACAAAUGCAAGACGUGUCAAUUUAAGGCAGUGUUUUCUUCGUUAGAUCAAGAACACGGAUGUAACAUCACCGUAGAUGCAGUAGAGGGAAUCUUAACAAGUCCAAACUUUCCAGAGAAAUACCCACCUGGUUUGGAUUGUUACUACAACAUCGAAGCGACUGUAGGGUUGAGAAUUGUCAUAUCUGUCACGAACCUCGAUAUGUAUAGUAGAAAUACCGAAGGUAUAUGUAACGAAAAUUACGUUCGCGUUUUCCCACUAAAAGAACAGAGAGAAGUGUUCCUCUGUGGAAAGUCUGUUGGCUCAAGAGAAUAUCUUGUCUCGAAACGUGAAACGUUAACUGUGCAUUUACAUGUGUCUAGAGGGAAGGGUUUUCUUUUCAAAUAUCGUUCUAUAAAACCCUGUGAAAACAUAACAAUAGAGCAAGAAAACGGUUCUUUGUGUAGUGAAGAUUAUCCUUAUUCCUUUAUGACUGAGCAAAGUUGCCUUUAUGCUUUUUAUGUGCCUUUAGGAUACAAACUUCACGUACAAUUGACAUUUCUGGAAACUUCUUUGUCUUCUGUAACGUCAAGAUCCGACUGCGUAGAGGAGUUUAUUGAAAUCUCGAGUGAAGAACAAGUGGUAAGGCUAUGUGGAAUAACAUCUGAAAACACAAACCAAGGUUUCUCCUUUCAGUCCAACAGCUAUACCAACAUCACAGUUAACCUGAAUGCUGUUCCGACGUUAAUUAAUGGAGCCAAGGGGUUUUGUAUUGACUUCCAAACAGUUUCUAUCAAUCCACUCGGUACGUUCUGUGGUUACCCCUGGUCUGAAAACGAAGAUUAUUGUUAUCAGCUCGUGCAUCAGAACCUAAACUGGUGGUCAGCAAACGGUCAUUGUUUGAGUCAAGGAGGUCAUCUGGCGACAACGUCCUCAAACGAUAUCCAGUCUUUUCUAGAGUUAUUGAUUAAAGCCAGUUCUUUGUAUGGCCACACGCAUGCGUUCUGGAUCGGAGCCAACGACAUUGAACAUGAAAACUAUUACGACUGGGCUGAUGGGCAUCUUUUUGGAUUUUCAAUUCACGUUGAAACCUCCAAACGGAUAGACUGCAACAGGACCAUUUUUCUACAAGCCAGCCACCCUCGUGACGUCAUUGCCAGUCCUGGUUAUCCCGAACCAUAUACGAAACUGUUAGAAUGUUACUACAAUAUUCGUGCUCCUAGCGGCGAAAGAAUCAACUUGGAUUUUACAGACUUUAUCUUGGAAGAACAUGAAAGCUGCGCAUUCGAUUACGUGGAAGUCCAAGAUGGCGAUGAAACUGGAGAAGUCAUGGAGUACUGUGGAGACUACACGUCGAAACUCAAACAUCUACGUCACUUGAGUACCACCAAUGAAAUCAAACUGAAGUUUGUGUCAGACUUCUCCCACGCAUAUAGGGGAUUCCGAGCGAAGGUUCACCUUUGGAAUGAUAACGUGUCUUCGGCAGAACAAUGUGACAGCGAAAUAUUUCACCUUUUCAACAAUCAAUGCUACUUUGUAGCCUCGUACCCAAAAGUCACUUGGGUUACUGCUCGACAGAUUUGUGUAGAGUCUGGGGCUAAGCUAGCUUCCUUCAGUUCUACAGAAGAAAAGCUGUUUGUGAAUUCUCUCAUUCUUUCAACCGAAGCUUUUUCGUCGGGUGUGCUGUACUGGAUAGGCGGAACUAAAGAGGAAGGUACUAGGAACUGGAACUGGGUUGAUGAACAGCAGGUCGGUCAAUCAGAGCUAACAAAAAAUAAUGAGAUUAUCCAAACCAAAUCAACUGAGUGUUUGGCAAUCCAGUGGCGAACUUUGGAUAACAUCAGCGACCUCUACUGGACUCUAAGCAAGUGUGACCAGCCGGGAAGGUACAUCUGUAAAAAGAAAGCAGUGGUUAUUCCACGAAAUUUAGACCAAUCUUUCAGUGGGGAUUAUGGAAUCGUAUCAUCGAUAAACUUCCCCGGACAUUACAUCAACAAUCUCCAUUAUACAAUCACUCUUAAAGGUCGACCUCUGACACGUAUCUACAUAAAGUUUACUCACCUGGACGUAGAGUGGCAAGAUCAGUGUAUGUACGACUACAUUUCUAUCCGUAGUGACCCGAAUGAACCUGAAACUCGCUUUUGUGGACAACAUCAACAUGAUCUGGACAAGUUUAUUUUUGUGUCUGACAACAGUACGGCUUACCUGACAUUUCAUUCAGAUUACUCCAUCACAAGUACUGGGUUCCAGACUACCUGGGAAGCGAUUGAUGUCAGUGUAUGCCAAGAAGUGCAACAUACAAGUCUCACAGUCAAAAUAAGUUACAUAAGCCAUCAUUAUCCCAAAGGGUAUUUGCCAAACACCUUCUGUAAAACUCAGUUCCAGGCUCCACCGGGGAAAAAAAUUCUUUUGACAUUUACUGAUUUUGAUGUUGGUUUUUCAAAAGGAAAUAAUCCCUGUAGACGAGAUUAUUUGGAAAUUCAACUGGAAUCGGGACACUUGCGAAGAUCUGUAGUUCUUUGUGGGAAUGCUAGCUCUGUAGCACCAGGUUAUCAAUUUAUUUCCUAUGAUGAAACCGUUACUCUGGAACUCUCUACAAGCUCACGCGGUGGAAGAGGCUUUAAUGUAUCCCUCGAGAUAUGGAAUGGCCACCAGUUGAAUACAGUAUUACGCUUAAGUAGCUUAUCGGAGGGAAUAUUGUCAAGUUUAAACUACCCGCACAAUCCACCAAAGGACUUAAAUUAUACACAACAACUUGUCUCUCCGUUAGGAACAUACAUAAGCCUAUAUUUUUUCCGGUCCUCGUGGGCUGAGGGUAGAUGCGUUGAUAACAUCCUUACCGUUGAAGACUUUUAUUCAGAAGAUAAGCCCAUACGGACCAUUUGCAUUGAGAGUUACAGGGUCAAUAAAACUCCAGAUCUACAGAUAGACUCUGUCUUUAAUUCCAUUCAUCUUGGAAUAUGGAUGAAUUCCGAGAAUAGAAUAUUAAAACCUUAUCUCAUUAGAUACAGAGUUCUUCCAGAUCCACUUUUCAUAAACAAGUCUCUUGGAAUGGGUUCUUCGCGUCUUCUGGAUGGAUGCUUCUGUAAGAAUGGUGGGACAUGCGUCACUUCUCUUGAAGGACUAUUUAAAUGCCAGUGUAAGAGGCCGUUUAUGGGUUUGUUCUGCCACCUACAUUGGUGUCACUUAAAUCCCUGUGGAAUUCACGGUACUUGUGUCGCAGCCGAGGAUAGCUACAUGUGUGAUUGCACCCGAGGAUUCACUGGUGACCACUGUGACCAACUAGUGACCCCUUGUAACCCCAGUCCUUGUGGUUUAAAUGGUCACUGCUUAGUUGUAAAUAAUACUUUUCAUUGUCGCUGUCAUGUUUGGUAUGAAGGACCUCGUUGCACUCAGUUCGUGUUUCGUAUCCCUUAUAAGCCUUUAAGUGAACGGAUGCUGGAAGAACCAUUUUGGUUAGGCUUAAUCACCGUUAGUACUGUUUUGUUAAUCAUAUUACUGGUCUACUGCAUCAAACAGAAAUUCGCUGAAAAAAUAGAAAAGUUUUUUGCAGAAGAAAUUGAAAAAAGUAAAAACAGCCCUUCGCCGGCAGCGACACGGUACAGUUUAAGCUCGAACCAGGCAAGCAUUACUCCAGCUACAUUGAGUCCACAGCCUUGCCCGAAGUAUUUUCUUAACAAGAUUCGCAAACACAGCAUCCACAGUACAAGCAGUUGUAACCACAGUCCUUCACACAAAGAAAACGGUCGAACUUUCGGUUUUGAUGACUUGCUGAAACGAAGUUUUUCGUCAAGAAAACACCAACAAAACAGUCGACUUCGUGACUCUGAUAAAAACGAAGAAGAAACGUCACGCAUUUUAGCGUCUUUAGUGCAUUCCAAUCAAUCACCUAAACAUAGAAGGAUGAGUUUAGAUGAGUUUAUUAAGAUGAAUAGAAAAAAGUUCAUACUGAACGCUGCAAACGAAGAAAGCCAAGGCUAUAUGUCCGACAUGUCACUUAAAAGCAAAAGCAUAGCUGAGACCAGUUUUAUGGAAAGUCUUUCACCUCGAUUUUCGCGUUACUCCGCACCAUCAUUUACUGAAUUCCACUCCAUUAGAGAGCAAUCUUUCGAACAAGCUUCGUCACUAGAUAGCUUCGGCUAUGACAUCAAGAUGGACGAAACAAAAGUUGAAAUUUCUCCUUUGACUCUUCAAACUUUUGACCAGUCGGGUUCUGAGAGUAUUGAAGAGAAACCUACCCGGGAUACUUCCUGUACUACUGCUAUGCUGCAAACAGAGUGUCCAUCUAAAACGCAGAGUCCAAUAAAUGACACGAAUUUAUUUGAAGUAAAAACAAUAACAAAUGAUGAAAUACCAUAUCAAACAAAUCAGGCAUCUGACAAUUUAGCUUAUUCUUAUAAUACCACAAUUAGUUCGAAGAAUCCUUUAGAGGUAUCUAAUUCCAAACAAAAUUGUCCAUCAUCACCACCAGAUGACGUUAAACGAAAAUUGUGUGAUGUUCCAGAAGUUAACCACCUAAUCCUUACAAAACAAUGUAAUAAAGGAUCUCCCAAACCUAAAGAUCCUGAAUUCUCUACCUCGAGAAAAUAUUCAGCUGAAUUGCCUCCUCCAAAAAUUUUAAUAACGUCUAAUAUGAGUUCGUGUGAUUCUGAGGAAACUAGCCCUCCCCGAACUCCAAACACCAAAAACUCUUUAAUGAAUUACCUGAGUCCCUUGACAGCAAUAUGCCCAUCUUCUGACAGAACCACCUCCGAAUCCAAUCUCAGCACAUCCGGAUAUUCUUCUUUGUCCAGCCUUGGGAUGUCCAGAUGUAAUUCCAGCAGUCCCCUGGCGGAGGAACAAGAAGUUGGUGGUAAAAAGCUGUAUUUACCGCAGAAAGCUGCUCAUCUUCUUUCUCCAAGAUGUAGAUCAAGUAAAUGUGAAAGUAAGUUCCUAUAUCCUCCGCAGCAAAUAUAUUCAUAUGCUGAAACCACACCUGAGUUAGAGACAACAUGUUUCCCACAACGACGAGCUUCAGUUGGGGGGACGUGGUUUCCUGCAACAAAAGACAUAGGCCACUUUUUGAACAAAAAGCUAGGAAAGCGCUAUUCUUAUCAACACACCAGUACUGAAGACUCUGUAGAUGAUGAAGGAAUUGUAUCGGAUGCUGUAGACUUUAAAACCAAUAAGGCAACGCAUGCAAAGGAAUUUGAAAGAAGCUUAAUGGUUUCUGAAAAAUAUCAGAAACCAAAACGAGAUAUGAGUCCAAGUAAGCAGUAUCGGAAACUAGCAUGUCAAAGUCUGCAGCUUCCAGAGACUUCAAUUUCAUACUCAGGAGAAAUGUUACAUGUAUGUUUGAGUAGUAGUCCGAAACUGAGAAAAAACAACAAAUCAAAAACAUAUAUCGACCCUGCUUUGUCAAAUACUUGUAGUUCCACUGGUGUCGAAACUGAUAAUGAAAGGAUACUGGAAUAUCAUGAAGGUAAGAUUAUGCGGAAUUCUUCAAAACCUAGCUUAGGAAGUAGGGUAAUAUCUUCUUCAGACGAUGACUUAGACUCUCUUGGCCCAAGACAUAAGUCACCCCGAAGACCACAUAAAAAGCAUGAUACCCAGUUUAGUCCGACUCUUAGGCGCCAUAAAAUGUUUAAUUCAACAAGUACGUGGUCGAAAAGUCCGAUAAGUGAUACUUCUCAUGGAUAUAGAGAAAAACCAUCAGGGCAAUAUCAUCGAACUGCAUUAUCUUCUCCCGCAGUGUUCGAUAUUUCAACUUCUGAAGACAACCUGUCUAAAGGUUAUUCUACAAAUAAAGAAAAAUUAGGUCAGAAACUUUGUUUGUCCAGUAAAGUGCUACCAACAACAGACCAAGUCCGUGAGAAGCUUCAUGAUAGUCCUAAAGAACUUAUAGACGAACGAUCUGUGUCAUCAGAGUUACUUGGGCUAGCCUCUUCUACCAAGAGAAGAGCAAGAAAGCAAUGCUUGGCACUUCAUAGACAGCGAUCACACUCCGACUACAACAUGAGAAAAAUCGGGCUUACGUCUCUAGACUCGAUCGAGAGCUCUGCACCUAGUGACAACGAUGACGAUCACCUCUCGACCAACGUAACUCAACCGAUGUUACGAGUUCCUGUUGACAUUAACCAUUGCAUUCGUCCUAUCUUGCGUCGCCAGGAGGCGCUUAUUGAGAAUGACGGCAGUGAUGAUUCCAGCUGUGAGACUACAGUGUUACUUAAGCAACCGGCUCGUUUUAUCGCUGUCCCUACCAAGACCGUAAGAAGUGUUCUCACAUCCACAGAUCCGGAGUUGGAGUCGUCGCAGAUAAGUCCAAUCCCUGGUGUGAAUUAUUCAACAGAUUCCCGUGAAGAUGGUCUCGAUUGCUUUCACUCGUAAACUUGCAUCUACGUCUGUCUUUUUUUCUUUUUUUUUCGAAGACAUGAGCAUUCGAAGUAGCAUUUAGUGUCAAGAGCUUUGUUUUGAGCCCGAACUAGAGUUUAAAGAAUGGUGAGAUCUUGGGCUAAUUAGAAUAAGAAAAACCAUCAGAAUAUAUCAGGAAAGCGGAAUUAUGUGUCGGAUCAACACUUGGUAGCGUACAUACUAAAAUAUCAACGCAUACUAUAAAUUAGUCAUUAUUUAAUUUAAGCAUAAUUUAUUUGAGUGUUAAUUACUUUUCGUUAAGGUUUUUAUAUACGAGUACAAAAUGUGCCUGAAUACAUAACCGAAACCGAAUUUCAACUGUACAGUCAUAAUAAGACAUAUAUAGCUGAAGACGUAACCAAAAUCGGUUUCAAGUGGGUCUUUUGUAAUACGACAUAAUCAAAACCGAAUUACAGUUGUACAGCUAUAACGAGAUAUUUGGUUAACUUAAUGUCUUAAGUCAGUUGUAAUAUAAAAACAUUACUGAAUAAAUAAUUAAGCCACAUUCAAAAAGCAAAAUUAAAACCCUCAGUGAGGGCAUAACGUAACAGAGAAAAUUUAUAACCAGUUACCAGUUAAAACUUAUGUUUACCUCGACGUUUCACUCUACGUCUUUUUUUAACAGGUUAAUCUUUUACCAGUUACAAAAGAUUAAUUAACGUUUGUCAUCGAUACAUGUCUUGAAAAAGGCGUAGCGAGAAACCCAAAGGUAAAUAAUUUUUAAGUGUAACUGCCUGUUUUCUUUUUUAACUAUGCUCCCUAAAUAUCAAAUAAAUUAAUCUACAUUCAAGCUAUAACAUCAGAAUAAAAACUGGUUUCGGAAGUAUUAUACAUCAUAUUCAAGCUGCAUAAUC